ACUCAGCCUCCAUAUAACGAAACCCUAAUCUCACUUCCUCAAAAACCCUAGCCUCUACCUCCAUUUUUUCUUCCUUCUUCACAGGUAAGCAAGAGAGAAAAGCAAAAAUGGUGUCCGGUUCAGGGAUCUCCGCAAGGAGGAUAGUGGUUGAUGCUCGUCACCAUAUGCUUGGUAGGCUCUCAUCAAUUUUGGCUAAGGAAUUGCUUAAUGGACAGAGAGUUGUUGUUGUUAGGUGUGAAGAGAUUUGUCUUUCUGGUGGACUUGUUCGUCAGAAAAUGAAGUAUCUUAGGUUCCUUCGUAAGAGGAUGAAUACUAAGCCUUCUCAUGGACCUAUUCACUUCCGUGCUCCAUCGAAGAUCCUCUGGAGGACCAUCCGUGGGAUGAUUCCCCACAAAACUAAGCGUGGAGCAGCUGCCCUUGCUCGCUUGAAGGUUUACGAGGGUGUUCCACCUCCAUAUGACAAAAUCAAGAGGAUGGUCAUCCCUGAUGCUCUCAAGGUGUUGAGACUCCAAUCAGGACAUAAAUACUGUCUCUUGGGUAAGCUUUCAUCAGAGGUUGGAUGGAACCACUAUGACACUAUCAAGGAGCUUGAGAACAAGAGAAAGGAGAGAGCUCAGGUAGCAUACGAGAGGAGAAAGCAGUUGGCCAAACUCAGGGUUAAGGCCGAGAAGGCUGCUGAGGAGAAGCUCGGUCCUCAACUUGCAGUUAUUGAACCUAUCAAGUAUUAGAGUGUAAACGUAGUUGUUAUUGAAGGUGAAAUUUUGCUUGAGAUUGAGAUUUCAACUUAAUCUGUCUUUUAAAGAUGCUACCUGUACUGCAUGGUCCAGUUUUUGCUUCUAGUAAUAUUUGAGCAGACUACAUUGUUUAACUAUCUUUCGAAGUUAUUUAUUUUAUGGUUUUAUUGAC